AUGACAGAGGUGAGAGAAUUGUUGUACUGUAGGUAGCGAGGUAAUUUGAUCUCAAAAAAAUUACAGGAAACUAACAUUUACAGUAGAAUUAUCCAAAUUUCAAAAACAGAAUCAUUUAUUGAGGAAAUGAGAAGAAAGAUCGAAGAAACUAAUUUAUACUUAAUUGAGCAACAACUAAACGAUUCAAAAGAAGAAGAAACGGGUAAAUCUGAAAUUGGAACAAAUAGAAAAGGUAGAUCAAUUUCUCCAAAAUUUGAUAUUAUUCCAAUAAAUAAUGAAGAAGAUGAAAGAAUGAAUAAAGCAACAGAACAUAUGAUAUCAUUUUGGAAAAUAAAUGUGACAACUCGAAAACCAAGAAAACAAGACAAAAUAUCGGAGAAAUUCAAAGGAAAAUUCAACGAAAAACUAAUAGCAAAAAUUAUGCCGAUUGAGAGGUUCUCACUUUUUUUCUAAUUGUAUUUUAUUCUCUCAAAUUUUCAGAAAAUCACCAACUCAAAUAUCAUUUUUCGAGAAUUUCAAUCAAUAUUUCAGUCAAAAAGAGGAAACAAUUCAAUCAACACUUGGUAGUUUAAUUGAAUUUGAGAAACACGGUGUUUGGUGUAAAUGUUACGAUUGUUGGAAAUUUCGAUGUUUCACAAUUCAAUCUACAGAAUGUUCAACGUGUACUUCUUGUUUGUCGGAUGUGUUUGAUGAUACAAUAUUCAGUUAUUCUGACACAAAUAAAAGUUCAAUCGAUUUCUUUAUUUCUGAGAACAAGUUAUUAUCAGAGAAAUCGGAUGUUCAGAAAAAUAUUAUCAAGGAAAUUAUGAAAAUCAUGGAAAUCAACAGAGAAUUGAUCGAAUUGAGAGAUAAAUAA